AUGGAAUAUUACGCGCCGAGGGCUGUUGGGAACGCCGCUGUCCCCGCGCAUGAACCAUUCAUUAAGAUUGUGCUUCUGUUAUGUUCCCACCUCUCUGCUUCUCCGUGCUUCCUUGGAUUUUCCGCCGACUCCACUCCAGCUAAUUUCAGCUGCCCUUCCUCUCUUUUCCAGACCACUCUCCUUUCCCUCAUGGCCACCCUUCUCAUCGAUGAUCAGGAUAGCCAGGUGAAGUACCUUUGCCCGACGUUGAACCAGGCAGUUGCAGGUUCAUACUACAACAAUACAUGGUCGACUGUAAGGGCGGAGAGCUCAUGCAGCGACGGCUGGUUCCAAUACACUUUCCACGGAACGGGCAUCCAGGUCGCUGCGUCCAUCCCAAAGCCAAGCACCUAUUCUGUCAAAAUCGACAAUGAAGCAUUUGUCUCGCAGUCUGGCGAUGGAGCCUACGACUCUCCAGCGCUGCCUGAAGGCGAGCACACCUUAACGUAUUCCGUUGGUUCUGGGACGGCACUGCCUGCUUUCGACUACUUGACGGUAACCGCUGGCACUAAUACGCCACUGGACGGCAAAACCCUCGUCAUUGACGAUACCGAUGGCUCCAUUGCCUACACUGGGAGCUGGACGAUCGAGUCCCCUGUGCCUCUAAAUUUUGAUUAUUCGACCUCUCUGCACAAGAAUUCAGCACAUUGGGCCUCCAGAGUUGGCGAUUCGCUCCACUUCCAAUUCCGAGGCAGCUCAAUUUCGGUCCUUGGCAUCGCGGCCAACAUCUCUGGCGGAGGAAACAUCACAGCUACUUACACCCUCGAUGGGAUCUCGAACACCCGCGAUCUUCCAACGGGUACCCUCGACUCGUUGCCCAUGGUUCAGCUUUUCCACGCUGACGUUCAACCGGGUGACCAUACCCUGAUCGUCAACAUAACGUCCAUUCAAGCGCCCUGUUCUCUGGGGUUUGAUCUCAUCACUUACAACGCCUCCUUCCCAAAUAUCUCCUCCAUGACUGGGGCGGCUGCUACUGCCACAAGUAGCGCAGACUCAAAGACUCCCAGCUGGGGUCCGAAAGUCGGCAUUGCGAUUGGAGUGGUUGCAGGUGUAUCCUUAGUCCUUUCGAUUUUAAUCAUCUUCUGGCAAAGGAACCGUCUCCGGAAGGACGUCAAAGCUAAGUCUCUUGAAGUCACUUUCAACGAUUCGAAACAAAAACGAGAUUCAAAACCAUUUGUCGAGUUCUAA